AUGUUGCCGGUUCAUAUAAUCCUUGCUGGUCUACUAUCUCCUGUGGUUACUGCUGGAUCAGUAUCCCAGGAACAGUCAAAUCUCCUGAUUCAUAUCUCGAACUUGAACCGUCGGGCUGACGGCCACCCCACUACUUAUACCUUGGAUCAGUCUCUCCUCGCCAUCCAAAUCGGUGGGAUUGUAGGAGCAUACGUGAUCUUUGUCGCGAUCCUCCUGACGUUGCUCCUCUUUGUAGGGCGUCGUCUGAGAAGGACAGUGCAAUCGUCCAACUUCACGUUGCAAGUAGAAAUGAUGAAGCCUGCCAAGCCUCUACCCAGUAUGGAUCCAAGUCCAGUUACCCCAAUCUCUGCCAAUCUUCCCAGUCCGGGUAUGCCAAAUGGCUUCAAUCGAUCCUGGAGCAGCUUGGGUAAGGGCCCGCGGUCUCACAUAGCCAAUAACAGCAGUGUGUCUACCAUCGACGAGUCAGUGGUUGCAUUGGACCGGCGCAGAGCGCAAGAAGAGAUGGAAAUGCUGUACGCCGCUGUUAUGGAACACGAUGAGCGGAGGGCAGCUGAGAAGGAGGCUACCCGAGAAGAGAGUGAGAUUCAUUCUCCGGAUAGUGCUCAAACGAACCCGUUCACCGACCCUUCAUUGAGACUGUCUGAAGCACCACCUCCCCCUCCUCAAGCGAAGAUGCCAACGAGCCCGAGGGCCAGUUCUCGCCUGUCCAGACUCUCGUCACUCUCCCUUUUCAACAGCAACUCUCGCCCUGAGGUGAACACCGGCAAGCCGCGUACUCCCCGUACUCCUCGCAUUCCUCUCCGGAAGCUACCAAUCUCCUCCCCGAUGGGCUCCCCAGAUGUGACAGUGUCCAGGUCAUAUGGAGAGGAUCAGCCUCCUCUAACACCACGAUUCUACAACCCACCGCCUCCGCCAACACCGCCAGUGGCGACAAUCCAGAGCCCAGGGGAGAAGAGAGUGUCAAAGGGCUCGCGAGCGCCAGCCCCAGCGCCCUUGAGUAUGUCCGUGGCUGGCCACGGCUCAUCCUCCUUGCCCUUCCGUGAUGCCUACCCGCAGCAAAGUGCGCCUGCUACCAAGACGACCGUCCUGGAGCGUCCCUUGAAACCUAUGAAUGGUCCUCGAACUGGGAUGCCCACGCCAUACAGCCCGUAUAUGCCGUUUACGCCAGUGACUCCGCUUACACCCAGUCGGAUGGUUACCAAACGGCAGAGGAAACGAGAAGCCAAGGAAAGCGGACUACGGGUUCUUAAUGAGGAUGAUGUAGUCCGGGAUAACGAAGAUAUGUGGGGGUUAUAA